UGGAGGACCCAGAAGUUCGCAGACGGGUGGGUCUGCACGUCCAGAGAGCUUGGAACCCCGCUGUCUCCGCUUCCCUCCGCGCCACCCCAAACAUCUUUUCUUGAACCAGAAGGGGAUUUAGAAGCACAGAGCAGUCAGCAGCCCACACCUUUCACGCCCGGGUUAGGACCGGAUCUGCCGAAGAGCGGACGCGAGGCUCCCGCCCGGGCUGCUCGUGGGGCGGGGGCGCGCUGCGUCUGGGCGCGCGGCGGCGGCGUGGGCGCGGCGCUGCAGGUGUGAGUGACACCGCGGCGAUCGCCGGGACCCGCAGAGCCGGAGCCGCCUGCUCUGCCGAGGAGGAAGCCUCUCGGCCCGCGCCCCGGACCCACCGCGGGCCCCCACCCAGGGAUGGGCGAGCAAAUGCGUGUAGCCGGGGAGGAGCGAGGCAGGGCUGUUUGUUCCGCAGACAGACGGGAGCUCUCUGCUGUCCAGCGCUCGGCAGGGCAGGGCGGGGAAGCGCUACCCUUGAUCCAGAAAUCGCAGCUGAAAACCAGCUCUGUUUAAAGGCAUAACCUUCAGUAGCAGAACAACUCAGUCCAGAAAGCAAGCUGCCAAGUCUGCUUGUGCCUUGUCACAGAGAGCAGCUGGACCCAUUUUUAAUCAGUGCUUCCUAACUCAACAUCUCUGAGUCACUGAAGGAGACCAGACAGUCUGGAGUUUGCAAAUUUCCAGAGACUUCUAUAGACACUGAAUGCAAAAGGAAAGGAUACCCAGGUUGUCUUUGCAUAAAUCUGGUUGAUUUAAGAAAAAAAAAAAAGGGAGAAAGCGGGUGUGACUUCACUCAGGAAGUCACAUGAACGUAUUCUACCUUGAGACCAUAUAAUGGAUGAUGGUUAUCGGAACAGCCCAAACCUCUACCACGGAGCAAGGGAUAUAGCUCGAGAGGUGACCAGGCAGUCCCGGAACCAAGGAAUGGAUGACUACAAGUAUCAGGACAACUAUGAGGGCUAUGCCCCCAGUGAUGGCUAUUACCGGGGCAAUGAGUCCAACCCAGAAGAAGAUGCACAGAGUGAUGUUACAGAAGGCCAUGAUGAGGAGGAUGAGAUUUAUGAGGGCGAGUACCAGGGCAUCCCCCAUCCAGAUGAUGUCAAAACCAAACAGACCAAGAUGGCGCCCUCCAGGGCGGAUGGCCUUCGGGGCCAGGCAGACCUGAUGGCCGAGAGGAUGGAAGAUGAGGAGCAGUUGGCCCACCAGUAUGAGACCAUCAUUGAUGAGUGUGGCCAUGGGCGCUUCCAGUGGAUUCUCUUCUUUGUCUUGGGUUUGGCCCUGAUGGCUGAUGGAGUGGAGGUGUUCGUGGUGAGUUUUGCCCUGCCAAGUGCAGAGAAGGACAUGUGUCUGUCCAGUUCCAAGAAAGGAAUGCUUGGGCUGAUCGUCUACUUGGGAAUGAUGGCAGGGGCCUUCAUCCUGGGGGGCCUGGCUGAUAAACUGGGAAGGAAGCGAGUCCUCAGCAUGUCUCUGGCUGUCAAUGCCUCCUUCGCCUCGCUGUCCUCCUUCGUGCAGGGAUAUGGCGCCUUCCUCUUCUGCAGACUCAUCUCUGGCAUAGGGAUUGGGGGUUCUUUGCCGAUUGUUUUUGCCUAUUUUUCUGAAUUCUUAUCUCGGGAGAAGCGAGGAGAACACCUCAGUUGGCUGGGCAUCUUCUGGAUGACUGGGGGAAUCUACGCAUCCGCUAUGGCCUGGAGCAUCAUACCACACUAUGGCUGGGGCUUCAGCAUGGGGACCAAUUACCACUUCCACAGCUGGCGAGUAUUUGUCAUUGUCUGUGCUUUGCCCUGCACUGUGUCCAUGGUGGCCCUGAAGUUCAUGCCCGAGAGCCCCAGGUUUCUGCUAGAGAUGGGCAAACAUGACGAAGCCUGGAUGAUUCUCAAGCAAGUCCAUGACACCAACAUGAGGGCCAAAGGGACCCCAGAGAAGGUGUUCACGGUUUCCCACAUCAAAACUCCCAAGCAGAUGGAUGAAUUCAUUGAGAUCCAAAGUUCGACAGGAACUUGGUACCAGCGCUGGCUGGUCAGAUUCAAGACCACUUUUAAGCAGGUCUGGGAUAAUGCUCUGUACUGCGUGAUGGGGCCCUACAGAAUGAACACCCUGAUUCUGGCUGUGGUCUGGUUUACCAUGGCUCUCAGCUAUUAUGGUCUGACGGUUUGGUUUCCUGACAUGAUCCGGUAUUUUCAAGAUGAAGAAUACAAAUCUAAAAUGAAGGUGUUUUUUGGUGAGCACGUGUACGGUGCCACCAUCAACUUCACGAUGGAAAAUCAGAUUCACCAACAUGGGAAACUUGUGAAUGACAAGUUCACAAGGAUGUACUUUAAACAUGUACUCUUCGAGGACACCUUUUUUGACGAGUGCUAUUUCGAAGAUGUCACAUCUACUGAUACCUAUUUCAAAAAUUGCACCAUUGAGUCAACCAUCUUUUACAACACAGAUCUCUACAAGCAUAAGUUCAUCAACUGUCACUUCAUCAAUACCACCUUUCUGGAGCAGAAGGAGGGCUGCCACAUGGAUUUUGAGGAAGACAAUGACUUCCUGAUUUACCUUGUCAGCUUCCUGGGCAGCCUGUCUGUCUUACCUGGGAACAUCAUUUCUGCCCUGCUCAUGGAUCGGAUCGGAAGGCUCAAGAUGAUCGGUGGCUCCAUGCUAAUCUCGGCAGUCUGCUGCUUCUUCCUGUUUUUUGGCAACAGUGAGUCUGCGAUGAUCGGCUGGCAGUGCCUGUUCUGCGGGACCAGCAUCGCAGCCUGGAAUGCUCUGGAUGUGAUCACUGUGGAGCUGUACCCCACCAACCAGAGGGCAACGGCCUUUGGCAUCCUCAAUGGAUUAUGCAAAUUUGGCGCCAUCCUGGGAAACACUAUCUUUGCCUCUUUUGUCGGGAUAACUAAAGUGGUCCCCAUCCUCCUGGCUGCUGCUUCUCUGGUUGGGGGUGGCCUGAUUGCCCUUCGGCUGCCAGAGACUCGAGAACAAGUCCUGAUGUGAACAGCCUAUGGGGAGAGGAGAGAUUGAAAGGAUCUUGGCCAGGACACUUAAAUGCAGCCACACUUCCUGCCUCCCGCUGUCCACAGGAGACAUGGAUAGCACAGGAGGAGAAGUUGAUUUUGCGAUCCGUAGUUUAGGACCCACUUCAGCUGUUAAUAUGUAUGUUUCUCAGGUGACUGAUUUGGGGGUGCCUUGAGUCAGCCUUAGAAUCCCAGAACCAUGUGCUUGGCUUCAGGUCUCCCCAGCUCAAGGUAGUAGGAGGACUCUUCAGUGGGUGCACAUACUAAGCAAGGAGUAUGCAUUUCCCUAAAAGAAGUGCAAGGACUCUUAUGCUUUUCAAAAUGCUCCCAGGAGCCCAGUGACCUAACAUGUUGACUUGGCUGGGGGUUAGAGUCAUUACAUGAAUAUUAGUCUUGAAGAACAGGAUAUGUAUAUUUUUGCAUUUGAAAUGAUCACUAUCAUAUUUUCCACUUGAAGAUUGGCACAGUAGCAUCAAAGAUACUCUGAUAUAGAAAACCAAAUAUUUGAGCAUUGUCUUGAGAGGCGGACUUUUCUCUAGUGUCUUCAGCAUUCUGUAAUGAUUGGGGACACAUUUAAGAAUAUUUAUUCCUGUGUUGCUCGGUUCAAAGAAACGUAAGGGGAUAGGUGUCCUGUAAGCUAAGUUUGUGUGUAAUUGUCUUUGGGUUUUACUUUCACAAAUGGCAGCUGCAAAUAUUGUCAGCAUCUUAACCCUAUUUUGAGAGAAGUUGGUGUUUGGGUCUCCCAAACUGGGUCUAAUCAAAUGAAACGGAAGCAUAGUUUCUUAUAGCCACUUAACCUGUCAUCAGAAGGAGGCACUUAGCAAAUUAAGUGCAGUUUCAUUUAAGCCAGGCAUUUUUCUAUGUGUAGGUAGAAUGGUUUCUUUGCCCUCCUACACACAUCACUCUGAAGAUCAAACUCACGGUCCUCAGUGGCUGUGUUUGACUUUGCUGCUCACCCAGAAACAAUAUAAGGAGAACUCAGUGACCUCUGGCACUCUUUGCGGGCAAGAAUAAAAUGACACGGGGCAUGAGAGGAAUGGUGAAGCUUAGUAGUUCUUCAAGGUGUAAAUUUAGCAGUAAAGCACAUUUGUUGUGAUUGUUGGUUCCCGUGAGACACCAAUGCUGUGUGUUCCUUUUCAGGGCUUUUAAAACUCAGGCCAUUGGCAUGGGAGUGAAGGAAUGUAAUUGAUGUCAGAUAUAUUUUUCUUCAAGACUCUAAGAGAUCUGAGAUGCAGUUUGAAAGACCAAAGGGGAAUGGGUGGGGCAAGGAGCCCAAGACAAACUGCUCUGCUAAGGGUCAGUAAUGGACUGAAGUCUUGACUCCAUGGAAAAGAAACUUUUUAACCAUCAGAACUUUCUAGCAAUGAAACGAGCAGUGAGCUAAGAGUUCCUGCCCUUAAAGGUGAACUUGCCCAGGCCGGGUGAGCAUCAGUCUACAAGAACUCCUUUGCUCAGUUGUUUUGCAGCACUCUCAAUAGCUCUGCAGUACUACACUUUCCCUGUCAGAAAUCCCCAAAAAUUUGAAACAGAAUAAUAAUGGCUCCAUGGAGUGUUUUCUCAGUCUUGAUGAAAUGCUCAGGUCAAGCUAUCUUUCUGACAUUCUCCUGAUUAACAGGUGAGGAGGGGAAAGAGAAAAUCGCCUGACACAUCCCCACCGUCAAUUUGAGGUCUGUUUUACUGAUUAAAAUGUUUACUCUGCUGCUCUUGUCUGUGUUUAUUCACCCCACUUUUUUUCUGUACAGGGAGAGAAGACACAUCAACUGUGAUUUGAUUCCCUGAUUCCUCCUAAUGUACAUGUUUAUGUAUAUACAUAUAAAUAUACCGCUGUGUAUUUAUGUUCAUCUCAAUGUUUUAUAGGUGUUCAUUAACAUAAUGCUAUGCCAAUAAUGAGAGACUCUGUAAUAUACCUGUAAUAUACUUUCCUUAUUCACGUGAUUUGAAAUAUAGUGGCUAGGUUCGUACAAGAGAAGUGUGUAGACCUGGGAUUACCACAUCCCUCCUAACAUUAUUCUUCAAUGGGGUAAUACAAUUAAUUGAGCAGCAGCCACUUAAGAAAUGUAUGAGGCAGUCAGAGCCUGCAUUUCUAGUUAAGAUGAAUCUUGUGAAUUUAAAAUCUGAUGAAUUUUGAGGCAAAUGACUUUUGGGUUAACAACUCUCUUUGGUUUCUAAGCUCUAACUCCAUCAUUAUCUUUACGGCUCCUCCAUCCAACUGCCUAACCAACCAAGGGCAAUUCCUGUCGCAUCCAUCAUGCAGGAGUAGGUGGAGGGUGCAGCCCUGGUCUGUGGCCUUCCCUACGAAGGAUUGUCUGGCACUGGUACCUGCCACUUCUUCAGUGCUGUCACUCCUGCUGAGAUGAAUGUGUCUUUAAAAAUAGUCUCUGUGGCAGGUCACUGGGGGAUAACGUACAGCUUUCCCGGAGAUCCAUUCUUUCUCAUUUCGUCUUCUACCUCCAGGAACUCCCAAUGGUAUCUGUGGUGGGAUAAAGUAUGAGGUGCUCUUUCGUUGAGCAAAUCUGUUCACGGUUCAUGAUGUAUUUCACGAUGCCCAGUCUUGGAGUAGUUAGUUACUUUUAAUAGUCUUCAACUGUAUUGUGUCAUCGCCUGAUGCUGAUUUUUGAUCUUUUGUUUCAUUAAAGAUAAUUAGUGAAAGAGA